AUAUGCUUAAGUCCAUUACAGAAUUGUACGAUCAUGAAUAAUCAAAAUAUACGCAAUCUAAUCAAAAUUUAGAUAGCAAAUCAAAUAUUACUUACAAUGUAGUUCUGUUGAUGACCAAUAAAAGGGUUUUGUAAGAAGUGAUAUCAAGCAGCGUUGCCAACAUUCAUAAAAACACUUGAAAAUUACUCGAAGUCAUAAUAUCAGUCCUAGUAUUGGAUAAUACGAUGUUUCUUAUAAAGGUCUUGAUACUCAUCGAUACUAGGUCAAUUUUGGCAGUCCUAGAAUGGUUCAUAAACCAACUGAAGAAAUGAUAAGGACUGUCAGAGCUGAUCCUUUAAACCAUUAAAUCAAAUAGCACUCUAUAAAGGGAGGAACUGACUUUGAAAAAUAAGUUAGUAGAGAAUAGAUGUAUUUGAUUAGAGGUUGGCUUAAAUUCGAUAAAAGCAUGCGUGCUCCUAAAAGAACAUUAGAGGAAAAACUACGUUAACUUGAAGUUGGACAAGAGGCUUUACUUAAAUUUCCAUCUAUUGAUGUUAAAGAAAAUCCAUUAUUAUAAAUGAAAGUUUCACAUCUACCUUAUGAUUAUGAUAAAAUGAGAUAAAUUAGCAGAUAAUACCUGUAUUUAGUUUUAUUCUUAUUCAAGUUAAAAAUAUCAUAUUAAAGAAUCAGCCCUAAGAUUUUAUAGCCCUUGA